UUCGGGAGGAAGAAGAAGAGAAAAAGCAGUGUCCAUCUGCCCAACUUUCUCCGCCCCACACCCCCCCCCCCCCCUCUCUCUCUCUCUCUCAUCAUUCGAACAGACAGACACACAACAGUCACAACAGCAGAGCAAUGCUACGGUGAUACUGCUAUAAACUGCAUGCGAUCACAAAUUCGAUCAAGCACCAAAACCGUCGCGAUGCUUUUCAGACGACCACCCAAACCAGGAGAAAACCCCGUUGACUCCGCCUCCUCCUUGUCCUCUCCUUCUCCGAUGCCAUCCCCAUCCUCCUGUCUCUUCCUCUCCAACCCCUGUUGCUCUCUCCGCCCCUCCUCCAUCCUCAUCCCCGUCUUCCAACUCCACUUCCCAACAAACACCCAAAUCCAAAAUCACUCUCAAAACCCCAAUCCAAUCACCGACCUGGAUAAGAAGUCGUUCAUGGUGGCCACGGGGGAGCUGUUCCUGGGAAUCGCGUCUUGGUUCGUGAAACCCAGAGUUAGAAAUGGGCGUGGAGUUGUUGAGAGGGAGAAGUAUUUUUGGCGGGGGAGGAAGGAGGGGAUUUUGGCGGUGGUUGAGGAUGAUAAGGAUGUGGUUUGGGAGAGGAGAGAGAAGGACGUGGAGGCGGAGGAGGAGAGAAGGCGGAGGAAGGCGGUGACGACGAGUCCGGGGUUUAGCUUCGCUGCGGCUGGGCUUUUGUUUCCGUACUAUCUGGGGGUUGCGCAGUUGCUUCUUGACAAGGGUUACAUUAAGGACACAACACCAUUGGCUGGUUCGUCUGCUGGCGCUAUUGUGUGUGCUGUAAUCGCCUCUGGAGCUAGUAUGCAAGAGGCUUUGAAAGCUACCAAAAUAUUGGCUAAAGAUUGCCGGCUGAGAGGAACUGCAUUUCGGCUUGGGGCUGUUCUAAGAGACGUUCUAGACAAGUUUCUGCCAGAUGAUGUGCAUACUCGAUCCAAUGGCAGGGUUCGUGUUGCUGUAACACAGAUACUUUGGAGGCCUAGAGGCUUGCUGAUUGAUCAGUUUGAAUCAAAAGAAGAUUUUAUUAAUGCUUUGUUUACUUCAUCCUUCAUCCCAGGAUAUCUUGCUCCAAGACCAGCUACAAUGUUUCGGAAUAAACUUUGCGUUGAUGGGGCUUUGACAUUGUUUAUGCCACCCACGUCUGCAACUCAGACGAUUCGCGUUUGUGCAUUUCCAGCCAGUCGAUUGGGAUAUGAAGGGAUUGGUAUUAGUCCCGAUUGCAACCCUGAAAAUAGGGCUACUCCCAGAGAGCUUUUCAAUUGGGCACUAGAGCCAGCAGAGGAUCAUAUUCUUGAUAAGCUAUUUGAGGAUGGAUAUUCAGAUGCAGCUGUCUGGGCCAAACAGAACCCAGUCGAGGAAAUAGUGCAAGAGGAUCAACCGCACAUGGAGAACGAUGCAGUUUCAUAGCACAGUUCCUCUAUAAUUUCAAUCUGGUUCGAAUUGAAGAGAGAGACGUGUGAAGACACAAACCGUUCCACCCUUUUUGCAUCCGAAAACAUCGACAUAGUAUAAUGUAAAAUACAAAUUCUGCUAGCCUUUUUUUAGCUUUUCUUAGCAGUCUAGUUGUAACAAUGUUGGGGUGGUGUCGAUAAACAAGAAGAAAAGCUUAGUGUAGAAGACCAAGUUCCUCGAUAUAAAUUCAUUUCAAGUUUAGCUUC